CUUUCCAUUGGAAUUAGUCUCUGAUGACAUCAUGGCGACUGCAGCAGCAGAUGAUCUGCAUCCCCUGAGGCGCUGUUGGAGUAUGGGAUGGUUGCCACCUGACAUGUCUGAGUUGAGGGUUGUUCUGCUGGGGAACUCAUGGUCUGAGAGGAGUUCAGUGGGGAACGUCAUAAUGAGAGAGACUGUGUUCAACACUGGAAAAGAAGCAGACCAAUGUGAGCAAGUCAGGAGACAAAUAAAGGAGAAAGACAUAGUUCUUAUCAACACUCCAGAUCUGCUGCAUCCCACCAUCUCUGAAGACAAACUGACAGAACAUCUGACAGACUGUGUGAGACUCUCUGAUCCUGGACCUCAUGUGUUCCUGUUGGUUCUCCAGCCUGAUGACUUCACUGAGGAAUAUAAACAGAGAUUCUGUAGAGUUCUUAAACGCUUCAGUGAUCAGUCAUUUGAAAAUUCACUGAUACUGAUAUCAACACCCAGAGAGCAGGGCUCAAGUAGUGUUAAAAUACAUUUGCAAAAUCAACCCUUAAAAGAGAUGAUCAGAGAAUGUAGAUACAGAUAUUUGGAGGAGGCAAACCUUCCAGAGCUGUUGACCCGUUUGGGUCAAAUUGUGAAGGAACACAAUGGAGAGCAUGUCAGCUGUGAAGUGUUCAUGGAUGAUUCAGUCGCCCCAAAGUCUGGUCUUAUGAAAACAGCUUUGAGCCUGGUUCUGUGUGGAAGGAGAGGAGCAGGGAAGACUUCAGCAGCUGAGGCCAUUUUAGGUCAGACAGAUCUUCAUUCAGUCUCCAGCUCAUCAGAGUGUGUUAAACAUCAGGGAGAGGUGUGCGGACGUCGGGUUUCCCUGGUGGAGCUUCCUGCCCUGUAUGGAAAACCUCAGGAGGAAGUGAUGAGGGAAUCAUUCAGGUGUAUCUCUCUCUGUGAUCCUGAGGGUAUCCAUGCCUUCAUCCUGGUUCUACCUGUGGGUCCACUCACUGAUGAAGACAAAGGAGAGUUGGAGACCAUGAAGAACACAUUUGGGAGUCGAUUCAAUGACAUCACUGUGUUGCUGUUCACUGUUGAGUCAGAUCCCUCAGCUCCAGCUGUUGUUAACCUUCUAAAAGAUACCAAGUCCAUCCAGGAGCUUCUUCAGAGCUGUGGAGGAAGAUCUUUGGUUCUAAACAUCAGGGACAAGCAGCAGAUCCCAGAGCUGUUGGACAUGGUGGAAAAGAUGCACAAAGAUAAAUCCAAAUCAUUCAUCUUCACAACACAAACAUUUGCACAUGCCCAAAUACAAAAGAUCGCUACACUACAGGCUGAGCUGAAGAACCUGAAAACAAAAGACCCAAUCAUCUUUGAUGAUGAGAAGCUGAGUCAACAGAGUCUCAGGAUUGUGCUGAUAGGGCAGACUGGCUCUGGGAAGAGCUCUUCAGGAAACACCAUUCUAGGUCGUAAAGAGUUUGAAGCCGAACCAAGCCAAACAUCAGUCACAAAAUGUUGUGAGAAAGCACAGAGUAAGGUAAAUGGUCGUCCUGUCACUGUGGUUGACACUCCUGGUCUGUUUGACAAUAGCUUGUCUCAUGAAGAGGUUCAAGAAGAGCUGAUUAAAUGCAUCAGUCUUCUGGCUCCAGGACCACAUGUCUUCCUGUUGGUGUUAAGCAUCGGCCGAUUUACACCAGAGGAGAAGGAGACAUUACAACACAUCAAGAACGGUUUUGGGAAGAAUGCUGAAAAGUUCACCAUCGUUCUUUUAACUAGAGGAGAUUCAUUAAAGCAAGCGAAGAGGUCCAUUGAAGAAUACAUUGAUAAGAGAUGUGAUGAUUCCUUUAAGAAACUGAUUGCUGACUGUGGAGGAAGAUACCAUGUGUUUGAUAACCGUGAUGACAAAAACAAAACUCAAGCCAGUGAGCUGAUAACGAAGAUUGAAGAAAUGGUGAGAACUAAUGGAGGCAGCUGCUACACUAAUGAGGUGCUGCAAGAAUCUGAAGCCACUAGAGAAAAAGAAAUGGAGAGACUAUUGAAGGAGAAGGAAGAAGAGAUGAAGAGAGAGAUGGAUGAGCUUCAAAAGAAACACGAGGAAGAAAUGAAAGAAAAGCAACAAGAGACUUGGGAGAAAGAAAGAAGAGAACGAACACAAGAAGAUGAGCAGAGACAACAGGAGGAAAAAACAAAACUUAAAAAGCUCAAAGAUGAAUACGAAAAAGAAAGAGAGAUUAAUGAAAAAAAAAGAAAGGAAGAGGACAAAUACAGAAGAGAACAGGAGGAGAAGGAGAGAAGUGAUAUGGAGGAAAACUACAAGAAACAAAUGAAGGAAAUGAAGGAUAAGUAUGAAGUGAAGGCCAGAAAACAAGCUGAAGAACUCAAUGAUUUCAGACAGAAAUACAUGAAGGACUUCAAUGCACUGAUAGACAAACACAUGGAGGAAAUGUGUGAGUUGAAGCGAAGGCAUGAAAGACAAAUGCUGGAUUCAGAGGAGAGACGUGACAAAGAGUAAAAUCUUCUACAAAAC